GGUUUUCUUUGAAUAAAUGGUUGAGUGAUAACAGUUUUAAUGACCAAAACACAUUGAAAGACUUUGUGGUGAUGCGAUUGAUGGAAGAAUUGGGAGUAAGGACAUACUUAAAAGAUCCACAGUGUGAUAGACAUGCAGAGCCUUACAUUGAUAUUGACAGUAAUGGGUGGAAUAUUAGUCAUGGAUGUGAUGGAACAAGUAUUAAUUUACCAACAUUACAGUCGGGUCUUUCUUGCCAUAUUACAAACAGUUGUACAGCUAUAGAUUGCUGCAUGGAUAUACAGAAACUUAGACUUGCCUUGAAUUUUUAUGUAAAUUUGGAUGCUUGCAAUAACAAAUUUACAAUUGGUGUAGAAAACCUAAACAGAACAAUUUCAGUUUUGAAUUUGGAGUUUGGAACCAUGCAGACAUUUUCCUUUCUUGGACUUUUAAAAAUUGACUACCAGAUCUAUGAAUUCCUAAGUGAAAGAACUUUUGUUGCAAACAUCAACAUGAGCUUGUGUUUUGAAUCAAGUGGUUGCUUUCUUCAUGAAGUAUUGUUCAAGGAUACAAAGCUACCAAAACCUUUAUGUGACUAUGGUAAUGGAUUUCUUCUAAAAGAUUUUUCCCUUACAAACUGGCUAGAAAAGCAGGACAUAACAAUUGGGAAAGAAUUACCACAGUUUGCAGUAGAUCUUUUAUAUCAUCAAUUAGGAAUAUCAGGGUAUCUACAAGAUCCAGCAUGUUCUCAGUUAAUGUAUAACAGCAACAGUCUAGGAUGGAAUACUUCAGCUUGUUCAGCAGAUGUGACAGUAGCAGCGUUACCAGUGUAUGCACGUUGUCGUUUACCAAGUUACUGUACAGGCAUACAAUGUUGUGUUUAUGUACCUCUUCUUCAAAGAACAUUUGAAACACAUGUAUUAUUGGAUGCAUGUGCCUACAAACUGAGUAUUGGAAUAGAGAAACUUGUCAUCAAUGAAUCUUUGUUUGACUACACUUUCAAUACAUGGAAAACUGUAUCACUUGGAAACAUGGUUAGACUUGAGUAA